AUGGUCCAAGGUCUUAGAAUAGUUGAGUCAUUACAGUUCGAUGUGAAAAAUGCUUUCUUGAAUGGAAGAUUGGAAGAAGUAGUGUAUAUGCUUCCUCCACCAGGUUUUGAGAACAAAUUUGGCACAAAAGUUUGUAAGCUGGAAAAGGCUCUUUACGGGUUAAAACAAUCACCAAGAGCGUGGUUUGAGAGGUGUACUCAAGUGGUAAAAAAACAAGGCUAUUCUCAAGCACAAUGUGAUCAUACUAUGUUCACUCCUCAUUCUAACAAUGGAAAAAUUGCAGUUCUAAUUGUUUAUGUUAAUGAUAUUCUCCUCACGGGGGAUGACCUAGAAGAAUUAGAAGCAAUGAAAAACAAACUCUCCAAGGCAUUUGAGAUAAAAGAUCUAGGAGAGAUGAAAUAUUUUUUGGCUAUGGAAGUGGCACGGUCCAAACAAGGGAUUGUUAUUUCCCAACGGAAAUAUGUUCUUGAUCUGUUAAAAGAUUCAGGAAUGAGUGAGUGUUGUCCAAUAGACACUCCUAUUGAUCUGAACAAGAAGCUUGGUGCAAUUCACCAAGGAAGAUUAGUAGAUGUGGAACACUAUCAAAGACUUGUUGGGAGGCUUAUCUACCUAUCUCACACUCGACCUGAUAUUGCUUUCGGUGUGAGUAUGGUAAGUCAGUUCAUGCAUCGCCCUUACAAGGAACAUCUUGAAGUUGCUUAUCGCAUUUUAAGGUAUCUAAAAGGUAGUCCUGGUAGAGUUCUUCUCUUCAAGAAGAAUAAUAACAGAAGUAUUGAAGCAUUUACUAAUGCUGAUUGGGCAGGUUCGGUCACAGAUAGGAAGGCUACUUCGGGAUAUUGCACGUUUGUUUGGGGAAAUUUAGUGACUUGGAGAAGCAAGAAACAAAGUGUGGUUGCAAGGAGUAGUGCAGAAGCAGAAUAUAGAGCUAUGGCUAACGGGAUAUGUGAGAUUUUGUGGAUAAACAGUGUGCUUAAGGAGGUGAAGUUACAAGUUAGUAUGCCUAUGAAGCUGUUUUGCGACAACAAGGCUGCCAUAAGUAUUGCACAUAAUCCUAUGCAACACGAUCGGAUCAAACAUAUAGAAGUUGAUCGACACUUUAUAAAAGAGAAUCUGGAAGCAAGAAUAAUUUGUAUACCAUUUGUAAGAUCUGAAUAUCAGAUUGCAGAUAUUCUUACAAAAGGAUUAUUUAAACCUACUUUUGAUUUACUUGUAAACAAGUUGGGUAUGUUUGAUAUUUACAUACCAACUUGA